AUGACACCCCCCUCUGCUGUCCCCAGCAGCACCUCUGCUCUGUACAACCCCCAUGUCAACCCGAGGACAGCUCCUGAGUCCACCGAAAGUUCCCGUGACCCAGCUUUGUGGGCUCCCAGCCCAGCGACUGAGGACAAGCCCUCGGCUGGGGUCUCCUCGCUCGCUGUUGGCCACACACACACAUGGGUGACUACAGCUGUGUCCUGGUCAGGUGCCGGUGGUACCACCACUGGGGAACUCACGACCCCCUCUGAAAGUGGCGCCGAGGGUGCAGCACCCCCAGCCAGCACCAAGAGCACCCACGUGCCUGUCUUUAACAGCAUUGGCACAAGCUCGACCACCACACCAGACACCAGUGUGUCACCCAGCAACACCAUCCAUCCAGCCAGCUCAGCCAGCAAGGAGACCUUCAUGGUGACGGGGACCACUGAAGCCGUGCUGUCUGCCAUGGUAAAGGCCACCAGCACCAGCAGUGCCCUGUCCCCCACUGUCACACAUGAUGAGGCAGGCGGAGGAGGGCGACCUGUCCUGUCCCCAGCAGCACAUACCCCCAUCAUGAAGACAACUGCCAGGUCCUGGCGCAUCCUUGGUCCCAGCCAUGCCAUCACGGUGCCUGUGCCAGCAGCCUCACUCUACCCCUUUGGCGCGGAGGGAGGGGACCGAGAAUGCGUCCAGAGGAUGGUGGAUUUUAACUCCCCUCUGUUCAAGCCAGAGAUUGGAUUCCCCUUCGGGAAGUCACUGCAGGAUGUUCUCUAUUUUACAGAUAACGGACAGAUCAUUUUCCCACCCACGGACAACUAUGUCCCCUCCAACCCCAAUCCGCCUCCCCAGGGCUUCAGCGGCCAGGAUGGUUUGCCAAUGGUGGCUGUCUUUUGGGACGAUGCAGAUUUUUCCCAGGGUGUUGGCACCACCUGGUACCAGGAGUACCCCACCCUCAGCUCUACUCGAGACCCCCUCGUCCAUGAUGUGGAAGAGAAGAUCGAGAAAUACCUGAAAACCCCCUAUGUAGCAAAAUGGACCUUGAAGGUGACAUGGGAGAAGGCUCCAGCAUAUCCAGCAGGGGAGGCUUUGAGGACAAGCACCUACCAGGCAGUCCUCACCACUGAUGGGAACCGCUCCUUCGCCCUGCUGCUCUACCAGGACGGCGGGAUGCGGUGGGACUACGCUGAGCUGGCUGCGGGCAAUGUGUUGAUCGGCUUCACCAGUGGCAAUGGCUAUGCCCAAAAUAAUGAGCUGACUCAAAAGCCACCGGCUGUCAAAUACCGACCAGACCAGCACAGCAGCACCAGCACUGGCUCAGCAGAUGCCUCCGUGAGGAUGCUGCGCACCGUGUCCCCCAACCUGGCCGGAGCUGGGGUGCGAUGUCUCUACCAAGACGGGAGCUUGUUGGAAGGUUGGCAGGAGAGAGCCUGGAGCCUCCCCACCCACCCUGGGGCAGAUGAGGAGCUGGAGGCGUUUGACUGGUGCUGCCAGCGCGUGGGGAAGCCCCUGUUCUGCUCCAGGUUUGCUGAGAAGAGACCGAGGGUCAGCUGCGAGGGCUAUGUGCCACCCACCCAAGCUGGUGCCUUUGGGGACCCCCACAUCACCACCCUGGAUGGACUCACCUACACCUUCAACGGGCUCGGGGACUUUGUCCUGCUGCUUGCCAGCAAAGCCCAGACCAGCUUUGUUCUGCAAGGGCGCACAAUCCAGACCGGGACAGCCCAGGCCACCAACUUUGUGGCCUUUGCUGCCCAGUACAUCUCUGCCACCACCACAACAGUUGAGUGGACCUUGGGGAGCCAGGGUGACAUCCAAGUCCUCCUGAACAACAAAACCAUUCAGUUUUCCUAUUCCCAAGACAUGGGUGCUGAAGUGUACUACAGCUCCGGCGUCCUGCUGGUCAACAACUCCUCCAUCACGGUCGUCUUUGAUGGGGCCAUUGCUGUCUGUGUCUCAUCUCUCUCCGGGAUCCUCAGUGUGGUCUGCAGCUUGCCUGAUCGGUACUACAAUGGCACCAAAGGCCUUCUGGGUGUGUGGGACCAUGACCCCACAGAUGACUUCCAGACACCAAACGGUACCAUCAUCCCUGUGAACAGCAGCGAGGAGGAGAUCUACAGCUACGGGAUGACCUGGGCUGUUGGAGAGCACAGUCUGUUUGUUCAGCCUCUAACCUCACCAGUAACAAACUUCGCACCCAUCUUCUUGUCUCGGCUGCGGCAGGAGAACGAAAGCCAGUACCAGCUGGCAGCCUCGCGGUGCCAUGGCAGCAAGGAGUGCAUCUAUGAUGCUUUGAGCACAGGGGACGUGGCACUGGGCCUGGCCACCCGGAGCCUCACAGAUGACUUUCAGCAGAAGAAGAUGGUCCUCAACGCCUUCCCUCCCAUCAUCAUCGGUGACACGUCACUCACAGCCUUCAGGACCGAAAGGGUCAGGAGGCAGUACCGUGCCGUGGGGGCAGGUGCACGCUUCGUCCCCCACCUUUCCCCAGAGCUCAACGUAUCAGAGAGCGGCACCCUGACGUGGGAGCCCCGCGGGACCAACCCUCUCACUGUCAGCCUGGAGGCUGUUGGGUCCAACAACCUCUCUGCCCUCCUCCGGCUCCACUUCACCCUUUGCAGCUGCAGCAGGAGCCAGGAGUGCGACUACAGCGACACCGUCACCCUCGGAGGGUCCUCCCUGCAGCUGGCAGCCUGCAAGUGUGACGGCGGCUACUCAGGUCCCUUCUGCCAGGACCCGCCAGACCCCUGCGCCCAGGGAUGCUUCCCUGGUGUGGGCUGCAACUCACACACUGGCUGCGGCUCCUGCCCAGCUGGCCUGACCGGCGAUGGGCGGCACUGCUCAGAUAUCGACGAGUGUGCGCAGGGGAUGGGGUGCCCGGGGAACGCCACCUGCACCAACACGGUGGGCAGCUACACCUGCUCCUGCCUGUCUGGUGAUGAGGGCGAGGGGCCGGGAGGUGGCUCAUCCUGCGUCUCCCACUCCUGCCCCGAGGGCUACUGCAGCAACGGGGGACGCUGCCAUCUGCACCCCAUCACCUGCACCCCUACCUGUGCCUGCCCCCCAGCUUUCACUGACCAGCACUGCCUGGUGGCAGGGGGGGAUUUUCGGCCACUGGCCAGGGCAGAUCUCCCCCGGAGAAGCGUCCAGCUGUGGGUCAGGGCACUGCAAAACGCCACUGCCGGGGAAGUCAACAGCACUGUCUCAGCCAUCCUGGGCUCCAUGGAGGUGAAGGCUUUCCAGAGCAACAUCAACAUCACCCAGACGACCGAUGAUGAUGGCUUCACCUUCACAGUGGUGUCUGAGUUUGCCUACGACAGUCAUGGCACCGUCAUCCAGGCCAAGGAGACCUUCUGGAGACCACGACCCUUCUCCUGCUCACAGAGGAACCAGCCGCUGCUGCUGGCCCCGCCACCUGCUCUCUGGGUCUUUGGCACCGGCACCUGCGUGGAGGCAGAGGAUGGGCAGGUGCCUUUUGGGGUCUGGUCUUUGCAGGAGGAUUCACUCUGGGGGACGUGCUUUUUCUGA